GGACAAAGUUUUAUUCCAAAGAUAAACUACUAGUCUUUACUGUAGCAACUAAAGAAACCGACGGCUUUCACCGUUUCAUGCAAACUGCAAAGCACUUCAACUACACAGUGAAGGUUCUUGGAAAAGGUGAAGAGUGGAAAGGUGGUGAGCUGCCUAACUCUAUUGGUGGAGGGCAGAAAGUUCGAUUGCUGAAAGAAGGCAUAGAAAGCUAUGCUGAUCAAGAGGACUUGGUUGUAUUGUUUGUUGAAUGCUAUGAUGUUAUCUUUGCAGGGGGCCCUGAAGAGCUCCUAAAGAAAUUUCAGGAAAGUAAUCAUAAAGUGGUGUUUGCAGCAGAUGGACUAAUUUGGCCAGAUAAAAGGCUAGCUGACAAGUAUCCUGUUGUCCGGAGUGGAAAACGAUUCCUGAACUCAGGAGGAUUUAUUGGUUAUGCUCCAUAUGUAAAUCGUAUUGUGCAGCAAUGGAAUCUGCAGGAUAAUGAUGAUGACCAGCUGUUUUACACCAAAAUCUAUGUUGACCCGUUGGCAAGGGAACGCAUUAACAUUACUUUGGACCACAAAUGUACAAUUUUCCAGACCCUAAAUGGAGCUGUUGAUGAAGUCCUUUUGAAAUUUGAAGAAGGAAAAGUAAGAGCAAGGAAUUCAGUGUAUGACACACUACCAGUCACCAUUCAUGGAAAUGGUCCAACUAAAAUUCACUUGAAUUAUUUGGGAAACUAUAUUCCUAAUGCUUGGACACGGGAAACUGGUUGCAGUGUUUGUGAUUUAGACUUGUUAGACCUGUCAACAUUAACGGAAUAUCCAAGAGUAAAAAUUGGUGUUUUCAUUGAACAACCAACUCCUUUCCUACCUAAAUUUUUAGACAGACUGUUGACUCUGGACUACCCACGGGAGGCACUCAGUAUCUUCGUUCAUAAUAAUGAGGUUUACCAUGAAAAGCAUAUCAAGAAAUUCUGGGAAAAAGCCAAGAAUAUUAUCAAAAAUAUAAAAAUUGUUGGACCUGAAGAAAAUCUGAGUCAAGCAGAAGCCCGAAACAUGGGAAUGGACCUUUGUCGCCAGGAUAAAGCAUGUGAAUAUUACUUAAACAUAGAUGCAGAUGUUGUGCUGACAAACCCAAAAACUUUAAGAAUACUGAUAGAACAGAACAGAAAGAUAAUUGCUCCGCUCGUAACUCGUCACGGGAAGCUUUGGUCCAAUUUCUGGGGUGCUUUGAGCCCAGAUGGCUACUAUGCCCGAUCAGAAGAUUAUGUCGAUAUUGUCCAAGGGAACAGAGUAGGAGUAUGGAAUAUCCCUUACAUGGCUAAUAUAUACUUAAUUAAGGGACAAACUCUCAGAUCAGAGAUGAAAGAAAAGAACUACUUCAUGCGUGAUAAGUUGGAUCCUGAUAUGGCACUCUGCAGGAAUGCCAGGGAAAUGACUUUACAAAGGGAAAAAGACUCCCCUUCUUCGGAAACAUUCCAUAUGCUCAGACCCCCAAAGGGUGUUUUCAUGUACAUUACCAACAGACAUGAAUUUGGAAGACUUCUUUCUACAGCCAAUUACAAUACUUCCCACUACAACAAUGACCUCUGGCAGAUAUUUGAAAAUCCUGUGGACUGGAAGGAGACUUAUAUAAAUCCAAACUACUCAAAGAUCUUCACUGAUAAUAUAGUAGAACAGCCAUGUCCAGAUGUCUUUUGGUUUCCCAUAUUUUCUGACGCUGCCUGUGACGAACUGGUAGAAGAAAUGGAACAUUUUGGACAAUGGUCUGGUGGAAAACACCAGGACAGCCGUAUUUCUGGAGGUUAUGAAAAUGUCCCAACUGAUGAUAUUCAUAUGAAGCAAAUCGGACUGGAUAAUGAAUGGCUGCAUUUCAUAAGGGAGUUCAUUGCACCAGUAACGCUGAAAGUGUUUGCUGGCUAUUAUACCAAGGGGUAUGCUUUACUGAAUUUUGUUGUGAAAUACAGCCCUGACAGACAACGGUCACUCAGACCUCAUCAUGAUUCCUCCACGUUCACAAUCAACAUCGCUCUCAACAAAGUAGGAGAGGACUUUCAAGGAGGUGGAUGUAAAUUUAUUAGGUACAACUGCUCCAUUGAGUCUCCCAGGAAAGGAUGGAGUUUCAUGCACCCGGGAAGACUUACACAUUUACACGAAGGACUUCCUAUCUUGAAUGGCACAAGAUACAUUGCAGUAUCAUUUAUUGAUCCUUAAUUUUAUUUUUUUUUUGCCCUCUUCAACAGCAGUGUUCUUUACACAAACAUUUAUUUAUAGAUUUCUUCUGGAAGAUGGUGAUAAAAGAAACUUUAAGUUCCUGUACCUACGCAACAAAGGUACUUUGGGGAAAAAGAAUGAAAACCAGAAAAUGUUCUGAUAUUGUUGAAGAUUUCUCGAUAUCUGCUCUGAGCCUUCAGUCACAAAUAAACAUGUCCUGCUUGUUUUUCCAUUCUGCUGACCUAAAGAGUAGGUAAGGAGGGCAAAUGGAAAAGCAUAGUGAAUCCAUUUCUUCGUUGAGAAAAAAACAAACCCAAACAACUCUAAAUACAAAAUCAUCGGAAAAAAUUGUUGUGGUUUUCGUUCAGUAAAGCGACACAGCUAAAGUUUGUGUGGUCUGUAUAUUUGGUACCAAGCAGUGAAAAAUCACAACAUAAAAACAAAAUGAAGUGCAUCUUGUUUACAGUUGUUUAGGAUAAGCAAUAAUUGCAUAUGCCGGUAUAUACUGAAGGGAAAAUAUCCCCGUAGCCUGUUUCCUUAAUUCAUUUUCAAUACUGAAAUGUACGCCUUUAGAAGAAAAAAUAAAUUAAUUGCAGAGGUAGAACAAGGAUUAAAUCAUUUAUCCAGGGGAAAAAAUGGUUUAUCAUUUGUUUUUGAGAACUCAUCCUGUUGAAAACUUACUUUUCUUCAGCAAGUGACCUUCAUUUAAAGUGAGUUAUUUUUCUAAGUGUGUAAUUGCACCCAAUUGAUACUGGAAAUUUGAUGUUUAUUUUCAGAAUGCUGGUAAAUUGUAAUAAUAGGAUGUUUUGUAGAGACAAUUUUCUACUCUUAAAAUUACUUGAAUUUUGUAUCAGGAGGAUGAAAUGGUGGCAGUCUCUCUUUAAAGCUAAGGGUCUUAACUUGACAUUUAUUUUAAAGAAAUUGGUUUAAAAUAUUCCUACUGUAUCUACUGUUUGUAAUUUAAAGAAACUUGAAGCUGUCUCAAAGUCUACAGUGCCAAAAUGCACAACAUGUUGGAAAAACUUGUGAAAAAUAAAGGGUAAUUUUAAAUUAA